UUCUGAACUGUGAGGACGACAGCUCUGCAGGAUGGACUCUGAGGAGAAACACCUCAGGAGGAACCAGGACUCAGUGUGGAUCUGAGUGGGGAUCAGCAGAUGGUUUGUCCUGUAAGAUCAGCUACAUGUACGAAGAAGACAGUGGUGUGUACUGGUGUGAGUCCAGAGGGGGAGGAGCCAGCAGCAUGGUGGUUAACAUCAGUGUCUCUGGUGGAUCAGUGAUCCUGCAGAGUCCUGUCCUCCCUGUGAUGGAGGGUCAUGACCUCACUCUGAGCUGUCAAUCAAAGACCCCUCCCUCCAACCCCUCAGCUGCUUUCUAUAAAGAUGGCUCCCUCAUCAGGACUGAGCCUACAGGUCACAUGACCCUCCAGCAUGUUUCCAGGUCUGAUGAAGGUCUCUACAAGUGUCACAUCAGGGAUCAUGGAGAGUCUCCAUCCAGCUGGAUCUCUGUCUCAG